AUGAUAACUCUGCUAUUUGGUGACUUCUUGCAACUGUCGCCGCGAAACACUUCUGCCCAAAAGAAAGAUGAACUAAAGUACAUCUACGAUUCUUACUUCUGGAAGGACGUGGUGACCCUCCAUCUCACAAAAAACAUGAGGACCAGUGAGGAUCCAUCGUAUGGAGAUCUUGUCCUCCGUUGGAGAGAAGGUGUCUUCUCCGAACAAGAUAGAUCGUUUUUGAUUCAAAAGACUGUAGUCAAAUGUCUUGCUAAUAUGAAAGACUAUCAAACGGUAGCAGAGAGAAUCAAUAAUCUCAUUGGUUCAGUUGAUCACUGCGACAUCAUGUUUGUAGCCCAUCCAAACUUUGUGGUUGAUUGGAUGAACUACGCCAUUAUCAUGGAAAGAUUUUCCAAAGGACCAAACAAAAGGGAGAUUCGGGAGCUUGUCCAAUACACCACACCACAACCCCCGUCUUCAUCGGACCUGAAAACUCCUCCAUCAGUCGUGUGCAUUGACAUGCGCAUUCUCAUCACUGACAGUCACAAUGCCAUUCUCCUCACCACGAGCUUCGAUGACAAGGAAAACAAGAAGUCAGACCCCAGAGUAUUGAAUGGUACGAUAGGAGUUGUUUUCGCCAUUUCCCCUCCGUCUGGAACAGUGGCCUCCAUUUCCGUCAGACUGGAGAACGGCAACGAAUACAAAAUUCGGCAGAUUCGGACGAACGGGCGCGGGGCUCAGCAUAAUUCCACUUUCACCGGUUCGAAAGACUCUACUACCGGAUCAGCAAUUGUUCUGACGGUUGGCGGCUCGAACGGUGGCAAUGGCGAGCUGGUGGUAAUAGCACCCGCGGAUUCCUGGUUAGCACUCUCUUGUGCUUGUCUUGCCAUCAACUUGGUUUCGUUCUGCCAGCAGUGCAAUUCGAGAUCUGCAACGCAUACGGGAUGUCGGCCAGUAAUUUGUCUGGUAUGCAGAAGCCCAGAGCACUCCCUGGCAUCCGGAAUCUGUUUGGAUCCAGAAUUGAGAGAGUUAACGGCAGAACAACUCCGUGACAGAGCGAACCAUCACCGUCGAGACUACCUGAGACACAUCCGCGGACUUCUGGCCUCACCAAAUAACCCACUGCAAUACCGCUUACCGUCCGACUCCCCAUACAUAUCUCUGUAUAGAAGAGAAGUACCCGCGGGUGAAGAAAGACGAGGACUACAGAUACUCAGAGUGGAAAACAACGAGUUCCCAGGAACUCGACUUGCCGAAUACCGCGGAGCACCAGGCAGUCUAAUCAGAGAAUUUCUAACUCUGCGUCCACCAGAAUUCGACAACUGGAACCAACUAAUGAUUCCCAUCUUUGAUGAGGAUUCAGCAAGGUAUCUAGAAGAAAUUGCUCGAGUGGUGACGAGAAUCAGAGAAGAUCCAAAUUCAGCCAGAACGUUCGAACUACCCGCGGCUCCACAUGCGAACCAGAACGGCGUCAGACUCCAACACCAGAAUCCAGUGUUGCCAGCAGAGCCUCCAGCUCGCCCGGCUAUUAAUCGACCCGCGGAGGUACCGAAUGCGAAUCAAGCUAUCCGCGGAAGACAACCACUAGUCGAGACACCGAUUCUUCGUGCUGACCCGCCAGGACUUAGAGCACCACCUACAGUGCCUCCGUAUGUACCCGCGGGAACAACGAAUCAAGCCAAAGCCAAUGCAGCGAAGAAUAGAGCUUCCACCAACUACAUGAGAAGACCACCUCCUCGUCCACUGACAGAGGAUCCGGGGUCCCAACCGUGUUCCAGCUCACAAAUCGCUCCAACUACGUCACAGUCAGAAGAACCCUACGCACAUGUCAAUGAUUGA